AUGGCUUCCUCUUCUUCUUCUUCAUAUAUACCAGACGAACGUAGCAAAGCGGGGAGAUUGCCAAAACGAACUCAAUACGACUACAACCUGGUGCACACCAUCUUGAAUGAGACUCCAAUCCUCCACGUCUCUUUCAAUACUCCUCCUCCCCCUCCGCAGCAGCAGCACCAGCAGGAGGGACAACCUCAAUUCCCAACAAUCCUUCCCAUGCUAGGCGCUGUUGCCACCUACGCAUCCGACCCCGAACCCUCCCUCUACCUCCACGGCAGCUCAGUGGCCCGCCUUUUUCGCCUCACCAAGGGAUCAGAACUUCCUCUUUGUGUAUGUGGAACUUUGCUCGACGGAUAUGUUCUCGCCCUGGCCCCUUUCCACAACAGUUGCAACUUUCGUUCUGCCAUCGUCUAUGGACGCGGGAGCAUAGUCAAUGACCCGGAAGAAGUGCACUUUGCUUUGCGACUGAUUACGAAUAACUCCAUUCCGGACCGAUGGGAGAAUAGUCGUGCUCCACCAACCAAAGCGGAAAUCACUUCGACUGGUGUGCUCAAGGUUCGCAUCGAGACUGCGUCUGCCAAAACGAGGACCGGAGGACCUGCUGACGACAAAGCGGAUCUGGAGAAUCCCCACGUCUCCAAUAAUACCUGGACGGGUGUUGUGCCGGCAUAUACGGUCCUGGGGGAUCCGAUUGCGGCAGACUCGAACAAGGUCAGGCAGGUUCCCGAGUAUUUGGAUGACUGGGUGCAGGACGUGAACUCGAUGAAUGAGCAGAGGGCCAUCGACGCUGUGGAGGCGAGUGCUCAUUAGGGUGGAACCAAUCUGUGCCGUGCAGCAUUCUUCGACUUCGAGGCCAUGUUUGCGCCCACGUGCGACUUGCUUCAUGCCGGUAUGCAAAAGGGACUCAUCUCCCAUAUCCGCCGUCUCCGGUAUCCUACUCGAUCAAAUGAAGCUGGCAUGGGCCUUCGACCUGCGAUCGCUCUCGCAUACGCAACAACAUCAGCCUUGUCCCCUCUCUUCUGACUCACUCGUCUUUGGGGACCAAACAGUGCCACAAGCAGUAUGGGAUGGUUCUGAGGUUCGUACCAUUUCGGAUCGAAGUCGAAUAACUGUCCAUCCCACAGGGCAUUGGCGUGCUGUAUGUAUUGAGCCAGGCUGAGCCGGUUGUGCCUCUUCGCCUCUUGGUUGAUGCGUUUCGUGGAGUAGCCAGGUCCAAACAAGAUCCACAUGCGUAAUUUUACCACUCGUCGGACCAAUUCUGGAGUGGUCUGCUGGCCGAAAUGAUGAAGUCCAUGCUUGUUGAGUCUCUUCAAGAGAAGAAGACCACGUGCCCACGGCUGGCAGUCGCUCCCAUUUGUAGCCUCGCGUUCAAACAGCAGUUUUCUGUUAACCGCGGAUCUGAAGCCCCAUACGAUCAGCGCUUCACGCAUAGUGGGGCUGAAUAUCGUUCUGAGUGUCACGUUUGCUCUCACUUUGCGACCCGCUCGACGCUCAUUUGUAAAGACAGCUCGUUUCCAGUCCUGGUAGAACACGGCAAGCCAAUGUGCUAGUCGUUCUAGUUCGUCCCAUUUCUGCAGCAUGCCAAGUCGUUUCAUGUUCUCAAUCCAGAGCCGCGGGCUGACAUGAACACCACGUUCUGCUGUAUACGUGUACAUAUUCGUCGUGAACUGUAAAGGAGGAACGCCUAGGUACUCCUCCAGCAUAGCGUCAGGUGGCGCCUUGCCAGGAUUUCGUUUUGGCAACAAGUGGCGAUGCAUGAAUGUCAAAGUUCUCUCGGUGAGCACCAUGUCCAGUCCCUGCAUCUGCUCUACUGUCUGCGCGACGAGGCGAUACUCACCCUUGCUGAUGUAGUGUUGAAGAAUUCGAUUCCAGGCCUUGGCUUGAGUCAGAUCUCCCUUGAGUGAAAGUCCAGCCAGCGUCACCUGAGCGCUGCCGAGAUCUCCCUGCUCGAGAAAGAAUCCCAGGAGGUUUUCUUGUGUUUUGAUGUCCUCGAAAGCAUCAGGAUGUUGAUCGCUCCUCAACAAGACAUGAUACAAGUCGUGGGCUUCGUCCAUGGCGAGUUUCAAUAAUAGCUGGCAGUACGUGGAAUUACUGAUGGCUAUCUGAAGUCGUCGAACGGUAGUCAAGUGGGUGGUCAAAUUAGUAGCAGAUCCCGCACGAAGAGCCAUCUCGCGUAAAGCUAGAGGUCCAAGCUUGUCGAUGCCUAGUAUGCCGAGGCCACUGACGACCAUAUCGAGUGGGAAAGCUCUUGUGGCAAACAGCUUUGCCGCAAAGGAGUCGCUGACUUCUCGCUGCUUGAUGCCAUGGACUUCACCCACCAGGGCCGACAUGGUCGCCCGGGUUAGAGAAGGGAAGUCAAUGGAUAUCCCAUCCUUGGGAACUACGAAGUCUUCGCUAUUGAUCGGCUUACGAUGAACCAUAGGCAAAGACCUGUCUUUGUCAUGAUCGAAGAGCUGUUGCACAAGUGGCAUGGCAAAGGUCUCGGGCUGAGGCGCAUCGCCGUUCUUAAUGAAGAGUUGAUGCCACUUCAAUGUGUCCUCAACACCAAUACGCCUCAACAGCUCGGGGAUGAAGUAAUCAUACAGAUUGUGCUUGCCACACUCGAGGUAGAUGGUCUUGAAGGCCUUGAAAGCAGCACGCGUAGUGCAGUCAUUUACCAGGGCCUUCAGAUCGAUGCAAUCAUCCCCAAAGUGCUCAGCAAGAUAUCGGUGCCAUUUUGGGGCCAGAAAUGGAUUGAUGUGCAGCCACGUGCCGAUCGCGGUCGAGUAGAGCUUCGCAUAGAUAGUUCCAGAUCGGUCAUUCAGGCGAGCAGCAUAUUGCAGCACUUCGACAAACAGACUAUCUUCAGUCUCACGUGAGCGCCCGGAUUGGACCCUCCUCUUCCGAAUGCCAGAAGUGAUGAAAGUGGGCCAUAAAAUAUCAGCCUCCUCGCCGAAUGUCGGCAAAUCUAUUGCAUGCUGUCUCAGGGCCUUCCAGACCAUGAUGACUCCCGGGAGGCCGUCCCUUCGGUUCACAUGCUGAAGCAAUGCGGUCCACAGCUUCAAGUCGGUCCCGUGCAUUGUUGAAUCCACCAUACGCUUGACAAGGUCGCUCGUACUCGACGAGAAGUCCGAGUCUUGACGCAGGCUCUUGAAGUCGGGUCGUGUACCGGAAGUCACAGAGAUCCCAUCAGGACCGAGUGUUGUCCGCAGAACAGCUUCCAUGGCUGCUGCCCGCUUCUGCUUUGCAAGUUCAGGAUCCUGCUCAGACUGCUCGCUUCUGUAAUAUCUCCGCUUCCAUGGUCCAUGAUCAUCAUCGUCUCCCGCUCCGCUAAUAUGGUCCCCACGACUGGUACUCGACCGAAAAACAGCAUGUUGAGGGGAGGGGAGGAGUGUAGUGGCAGUAGCUCGAGCGUCGAGUUGGCUGCGGAGGAAUGCGAGAGUGGACGAUCCAGGUCUUCUCAGCCAGAGGUCGAUGCGCGUACCCAUUGCCCUUCUUCCGUGUCAGAAGAAGCAGAAGCAGCCCAAGAGCAUUGGUUGCAACAGCUCAUAUGG